AUGAAAAAUAAAAACAGCUUAUGUAUCCGCCCUUCCCAUCUCUCUCGAAUCCCCGUCUUCUACAACCCACAAGUAUCGACAUCCACACAACCCCUCUCUACCACGAAUUUGUCAUCCCCAACAAAUAAAAGCAAUCACCCCUCCAUUGUUAUUGUUUACUCCCUCGCCUCCACGCAAACGCGCGACCUUCGCGUCACUUUCGCCCCACCCCCCUCCAUCCAUGCAAGCCCAACAUAUAUGUAAGCCACGCAUACAACGCAUAAACGACCGGCAACCUCUCGUAUUCCAUCCCGUCUCAGCUUACACCUGUGUAAGAACGGCGCAGGGGAACUAUCAAAACCCCUCCAUCCAUGCAGAUUAUCUGAGUGCAAUUAAGAAAACCACACGCAUGUAUAUGUAUGCA